UUGACGACCCCUCAUGUACGGAUGGUACCAGGAGGCGCAAAAUACUUUAUUUUCGUUAUAUUCAUUCCAGCUGUUUUUCCUGAUAGUUAUACUAUUUUACUAGAAAAUGACCCCGCAUGUAGAAGAAAUGAUUAUCAUCCGACGCUGCUUAAAGUGGGCGUUGACGAUAUCGUGCUGCAUGAACAGCUUGUCAUGAUGUGGCCGGGGAACGCGGUGGAACCAUUGAACAGCAAUUACUCUCUACCUACCCGGUCUCUGUUCGGUGCAUGCUCUGGUAUUCUGAUUCGCCCAUCUGGGCGAUUCGUGCAGCGGACCUUGGCUGAAGGAAUGGUAUCUUUCUGGCUUCUGAGAGCCGAGGCAACUCUGACGUGUUCCAGGGACAUCCGAGUGCUGAACAAUUAUUCUAUUAAGAUAGACCAAUGGAUGGAACCUCAUCCAUGGGCAGGUGGGCCUUGGAUCUCCGGAGGGUCGACGUCACAUGAUCAGGAGUCCACGCAUCCAAUUAUCUACAACGCUGUGCCUGAUAAAUCUCUGCAACUGAACUGCUCCGAUGGCAAGCAAGUGGUUGCGGCGCAUAUUUCCGGUUAUGUUCGUCGAGUCAAAGUCACCUGGAACCUCAGAGGUGCGCUGGUCGCAUCACAUUCCCCCUCUGAAUCAGUGGAAAAUGGCAGCACGGCAGAAGACCUGCAGGGGCCACAACAACCACCGGAGCUUCUUUCCCCGGAACUCAACGUUCGAAUUCGAAUCACUUCCAGGAUGUUGUUCCAUGGAAACUUUUCAUCAGAAAGAAAACGAGUUCUUUGUGAGUUUUUCUCCGGAUUUUGGUGCGAUUCGUUGACUCCGUCCGGUACGUCUCCAAGCGCUGUGCGUCAAGCUGCCCGUUCAGACAGGUCCGCAGUAGACCAAGACGCAUGUGUUCCGGCCACAAUGCGAUGUGAUAGUUUGCCGGAUUGCAACCCCCAUCAAACGUCGGUGUCGGCCGACGAAAUCAACUGUGAGGCUUUCACUGGAAAUUACUCGUUCAAUCGUUCUGAUCGCCUGGUUCUCGCCCCGGUGCCCUUGGUACUCAUAUGUGCUCUGGUACGGAUAUGCUCUCAGAAGCGACAACUUGACCUAACCGAAGUUGCUGAUUUUAGCCGCUUCCAACCAAACGGGACCGGUGAUCAUCAAGAACGGUCUCACAGCCUGCCUGUGAAUCGGCCGAUUCGAGGAAAGCUUGCCGACGGACAGCGACUUCUUCGACGCAAGCGACGUGGCCUCCAGCUUGAUGCAUUUGAGUCCGGCAAUACUUUAGCAAGUGUUGCUGAGGUGGAUGAGAUUGAUGUCGAUUCACAUAGUCGAACAUCCAGCAUACUUCUGAAAGAGAAGGGUGAAGAAUCGUUCAAUUCGAUGCUGUCCAACGGUUCUCCACGAUCAAAUGGUGGACUUGGAGCCGUGGAUUAUCACGUGGAAGUAACUGCACCUACAAGCGAGAUUCGGUCUACACUACCAUUCCUUCAUCACUCCAUCCAUUCCCUACCAAUUGAUCGCAAUCGCCCCAAUCGUCGGGCCAACAAAUGUGCGGAUAAAACUCGCAGAUAUCUGUGUUGGUCAGCUAUCCUUGAUCCCGUUUCAAGCUCCUCUUCUUCCCAGUCAGCACGCGAGGGUUCGUCUGGUUCCGUAUGCAGCCACUGUGGAUCGGUCAGUGGUCAACCACUCGGUCGUAGCCGGAGUUGUGAUGAUAUUCUGAUGGAGGACAAACAGACUUACAUGGAGGAUGGCGGUGGCAUGGAACUCCAACCUCUUGUCUCACUGGUCGGCGAAAAAUCUGGAGAUGAAGGACGCAGAAGGCAGGACGCAAAUAGUUUGGAAACCACAAACUUUGAUAAUACUGGUUGUGCAACUCUCGAGGACCGUGGUGAAGUCGACGAGUAUUGUUUCCAUCAUGAACGGCACAGAGGUGGCCUUCACCACGACGCACUCCACGAUCUCACCGAAACGUCGAACUCCGGCGAAACCGUUAUUUCCAAUCUCCCGUGCGCACGCAUGGUGACAGUGGUUGCCACCGUGCCUGGUCCGAUGGAACCUGCGAACUACCCAAGCCCGACAACUAGCGAUGAUGCGUCAUCCAACGAAACUCGAGAAAUCCGUUCACCAUCACAGGAUCAACCGCCCUCGUCUCCAGUCGGCACUUCCAAUUCCAUUUUGCGCCAAAACAAGAGUGACUAGAAGACGGAACGAUCUGUUUUGUUAUGCACUGUGCAUUUUUGCACGAUUGUCAACCUAAUAGGGAUCAUCACAUAAGCACCCACUGAAAUUGUCAUCGCUCGACACCACUCUUCCUAUCCUAUUCCACUUAAACAACACAAUUUUUAUUCAAGGAAACCUAGCCGAUGCAGGCGCUCCCACUCCUGACUAUGUGGCGUUUUCGAUGCUGUGAAGAUUAUGCUGUGUCGCGUUGUCUUUAUUUAUCUCAGUUACUCUGAUUUUAUUUUUUCGUUCAUUCCGUUUUUUUUCGUUGCUUUUUUCAUCGCUUUCUUCCUGCCUGUAUUUUCGCCACUGCUUACCCGAUUCAUCAACCAUGACACAACUGGGCGACAUGAUAUCAUACAAGCUCAGCCUGUACAUAUUGUUCACUGUUGCCCUAAUCCCCGUUGUAUUUUGUUUUUUGGAAGCGUUCCGAUGGUUCGGAACUAUGAGACCAAGCAUGUAUUCAGAUGAAGUAAGAAGUUUCCG